CGAAAGUGUGGUUCUUGCUUCGAAGCAUUUUGCCAGGCCAAAAUCCAAAGGCGGCUUCUGGUUGUUCAUAUACCAGCUUCUCGCCCCGUCGCCGGUCGCGUCUGCCAUCCCGUCGCAUCACCACUCGCGCGACCGUAAUCAUGGCGGAAAUCAAGAUCGACGGCAAACUCUUCCAGGAGCGAGUCUCGCACUUCAUCAAUGCCUGGAAGUCGGACAAGCGAUCGGGCGACGCGCUCUUCGGAGGCGUCUCGUCCAUCCUCAUCAUGAUGGGCAAGGUCGAGGAGAGCCCCGAGUACCACAAGAACAACGCGAUGCAUUUCUGGCUGCUUGGCUACGAAUUCCCGACCACGCUCAUGCUCUUCACCAUCGACACCCUCUACAUCCUCACGACCGCAAAGAAAGCGAAACACCUCGACCAGAUCAAAGGCGGCAGGUUCCCCGUUGAGGUCCUUGCCAGGGGGAAGGAUGCCGCUGAGAACGCGAAGGCGUUUGCCAAGAUCACCGACGCAAUAAAGGAGGCUGGCAACAAGAUCGGCGUUCUGACCAAGGACACGGCAAAAGGUCCGUUUGUCGAUGAGUGGAAGAAGAUUUUUGCCGAGAACUGCAAGGAUGUCGAGGAGUCCGAUAUCGCCCAAGCACUUUCUGCUGCCGCCUUUGCGACCAAGGAUGAGGCGGAGCUCAGGGCGAUGCGCACAUCUUCCAAGGCGUGCGUUGCCCUGAUGCAUCCGUUCUUCCUCGACGAGAUGUCAGCCAUCCUCGACCAGGAGAAGAAAGUCAAGCACAGCUCCUUGGCCGAGAAGGUGGAGAAGAAGCUCGACGACGACAAAUGGUGGAAGUCGGUGACCUUGGCUAACAAGCAGAAACUGCCGGGCGACUUUGACCCGGAGCAGCUCGACUGGAUUCUGGGGCCCAAUGUGCAGAGCGGUGGCAAAUAUGAUCUUAGGUGGGCGACGGAGCCGAACAACGACAAUCUCCACCCGGGCAUCAUCAUUUCUGCCUUGGGCCUGCGGUACAGGUCAUACUGCUCGUCCAUCGCACGAACCUUUUUGGUCGACCCGAACAAGUCGCAAGAGUCCAACUACAAGCUCCUACACGCCACACACCAGCUGAUUCUCAAGGAGGUCCGCGAUGGCGCUGUCGUCAAGGAGGUCUACCAAAAAGCCCUCGCUUACAUCAAGAGCAAGAAGCCCGAGCUCGAGAAGCACUUCCUCAAGAAUAUCGGCUGUGGAAUCGGCCUCGAGCAUCGCGACCCGACCAUGAUUCUGAACGCAAAGAACUCGCGCUCUCUCAAGGAUGGCAUGACGCUUUGCAUCACCUCUGGCUUCUCCGACAUCGAGAACCCGACGCCGCAGGACAAAAAUAGCAAAAUUUACUCGCUGGUGAUCAUCGACACAGUGCGCGUCACCGCUGCCGAGCCCGUCGUCUUUACAGGCGACGCCCCGACUGAUGCAGACGCCAGCUCUUUCUUCUUCAAGGACGAGGAGGCGCAGCCGGCACCCAAGAAGGAGAAGAAGGAGGCGCGUGUGGGUGCGGUCGCGACCAAGAAUAUCACGAGCACCCGGCUCCGCUCCGAACGUAGCACGCAAGUGGACGAGGAUGCCGAGAAGCGGAGACGCGACCACCAGAAGGAGUUGGCCACCAAAAAACAGAAGGAGGGCCUGGCCAGGUUCGCCGAGUCAACAAAUGACCAGGACGGAACCGAGGUGAAGAAGUUCAAGCGCUUCGAGUCGUACAAGAGGGACAACCAGCUCCCCCCUAAGAUCCGCGACCUCGGAAUCGUCGUGGACCAGAAGAACGCCACCGUCAUCGUGCCAGUUAUGGGUCGGCCGGUGCCCUUCCACAUCCACACCAUCAAGAACGCCAGCAAAAGCGACGAGGGCGACUGGUCCUUCCUCCGCAUCAACUUCCUCUCGCCCGGCCAGGGUGUGGGCAGGAAGGAUGACCAGCCUUUCGAGGACGCCACUGCACACUUUGUGCGCAGUCUGACGUUCCGGUCAUUGGAUGGUGACCGCUACACCGAGAUAGCCAACCAGAUCGCCAACAUGAAGAAGGAGUCGGCAAAGAAGGAGCAAGAAAAGAAGGACAUGGAGGAUGUCGUUGAGCAAGAGAAGCUGGUGGAGAUUCGAAAUCGUCGUCCGGCUGUGUUGGACAAUGUCUUCAUCCGCCCCGCUAUGGAGGGAAAGCGUGUCCCCGGCAAGGUCGAGAUUCACCAAAACGGUAUCCGUUAUCAGUCGCCUCUUGCCGCUCAGCAGAGGGUCGACAUCCUCUUCUCCAACGUGCGGCACUUGUUCUUCCAGCCCUGCCAGCACGAACUCAUCGUCAUCAUUCACAUCCAUCUCAAGGAUCCCAUUCUCAUCGGGAACAAGAAGAAGACCAAGGAUGUGCAGUUCUACCGCGAAGCGACCGAUAUCCAGUUCGACGAGACUGGAAACCGCAAGCGCAAGUACCGGUACGGUGAUGAGGACGAGUUCGAGGCGGAGCAGGAGGAGCGUCGGCGUCGUGCCGAACUCGACCGACUCUUCAAGGCCUUUGCCGAGAAGAUUGCUGAGGCGGGCCGUUCCGAGAACAUUGAGGUCGACAUGCCCCUACGUGAGCUCGGCUUUAACGGUGUCCCGUUCCGCAGCAAUGUCUACAUCCAGCCCACAACCGAGUGUCUCAUCCAGCUCACCGAGCCGCCCUUCUUGGUGGUCACGCUGGAGGACAUUGAGGUUGCCCAUCUGGAGCGUGUCCAGUUCGGCCUCAAGAACUUUGAUCUUGUGUUUGUUUUCAAGGACUUCACCCGCGCGCCGACACACGUCAACACGAUUCCCGUAGAGUCCCUCGAGGAUGUCAAGGAAUUCCUGGACCAGUCGGAUAUUGCCUAUACCGAGGGCCCACUCAACCUCAACUGGCCUACCAUCAUGAAGACGGUGACGUCGGAUACACACCAGUUCUUUGUCGAUGGCGGUUGGUCGUUCCUUCAGGCGGAUUCGGACGACGAGGGCGAUGCGGACGAGGACGACCAGGAGAGCGCGUUUGAGAUCAGCGAAUCCGAACUGGAGGAGGCUUCGGAGAGUAGCGAGGAGGACUCCGAGUACGAUUCCAACGCAUCCGACGACGCGAGCGAGGAGGGAAGCGAAGAAGACGACGAAGAGGGCGAGAGCUGGGACGAGCUCGAGCGCAAGGCCAAGAGGAAAGACCGCGAGAGCGGGAUGGACGAGGAAGAGGAAGAGGACCGCGGAAAGAAGAAGCAGCGCAAGCGCUAAAAGCCCAAGUCUGGCGCACUGUUGUAUAUGCCACGAUGGGGAGUAGGACCGGGUGCGAACUUGACGGGGUGAACCCACGUGUCACCGCGGUGUAAUAUCAGGAUUUGUUGCGAUUUUUCUAGGGGAGCGAGAGUUUCUUCCUGCAACUGCCCAGGCCUCUUUAUCCUUAGGGUUUGGCCAUAUUGAUUCUUGGGAAAUCGCAGGCUGAUGAGAUUUUGGGACCGAAAAGGGUUAUGCACUGUAGUCUAUAGUCUUUUAUUUAAGCCGAGAAAAGUCGCGAUGCCAAAGAAUGCGCAAAUACCAAACGAACGACCCACAAUGAGCCAGCUGUCUUUUACCACAGCGAAGGGAGCAGGGAC